UGUUCGUUUUGGUAGUUUGUCGUGUAUUUGUAAAAGAAAAUCGAUAUUUAAGAUCAUUUUCUAUAUUGUAAGCUGAUAAACAUAUAAUUAAUAGAUGAUCAAUGUUCACCCCCCCCCCCCCACCUUCCCCGCACAUACAUAAUAUACAGUCCACUAUUAUUGGAAUUGUAAUUCGAUCGGGUUCGAGGUCCGCAUCAAUUAGCAAAAACAAAAUAGAGGCCAUUUUGAAAAAGACGAUUGUGAUCGGAAGACUAGAGGGGGAUCUUCCGCUAUUUGUUUCAUACAGUUAUGACCAUUGCUUAAGAGUUGGAAACUUUGGAAGACAAAAUGCCGGAGCAGAUACCCUUAUCGGACUUUGUGAAUGACACUUGGGAUGAUUUUAAAUCCCCCACGACCUCUUCAUUCACGAAAAACAUGCCUAACUAUAAGAACUUGGUGUCAAAUCUUGAGGAAAGACUGGACACAGACCGCAGUGGCUUGACUAAGAUGAAGAAGUCGGUUAAAGCGCUGUACAAUGCUGGGAAACGUCAUUUUGAAAGUGAUGUUACGAUGGCAGAAAACUUAGAAAAUGUCAGUAAAAGUAAUGUGGAGCAGGAUAAUGAAGUAGUCGAAGGAUUUAAGAAUUUCUCCAUGAUUGCCAGAGAACUGUCAACUUCCUUAAAUGACAUGGUAUCCAAACUGCACACCAUGCUUCUGUACCCACUGGAAGCCUUCCUGAAGGGAGACCUGAAGGGCGUGAAAGGAGACAUGAAGAAACCAUUCGAUAAAGCAACAAAGGAAUAUGAAACCAAAUUUGGUAAGAUAGAGAAAGAAAAGAAACAACAGGCUAAAGAUGCAGGCAUGACUCGGACGGAAGUGGACGGCUCAGAGAUUGCAGAAGACAUGUUAAAGGAAAGAAAGGUUUUUCAAUUACAACUAUGCGAGUACCUCAUUAAAGUUAAUGAUAUCAAAACAAAGAAGGGGGUGGAGCUGCUGCUGCAUUUAGUGGAGUAUUAUAAAGCAUUGAAAGUCUUUCAUCAAGAGAGCUUAGAAUCCAUAGGAAAAUUUGAAAUCUAUAUAGAGAAGCUGAUAUCACAACUCCAAGGAAUCAAGCAGAAACAGUACACUGACCGUCAGCAGCUGGUGGAACUCAGGGAUGCUCUCAAAAAUUCCAUGUCGUCGUAUAAAGAGGGGUCUAGAAAUACAUACACAGAAGACACUGGAAAGCCAGCCGCCAACAAAAGUCCUGCAGGAUACAGCCUGCACCAGCUCCAUGGCAACAAGAUGCAUGGAAGCCAUAAAAAUGGGUACUUGCUGAAGAAGAGCGAUGGAAAAGUCAGAAAAGUUUGGCAGAAAAGGAAGUGCAUCAUCCAAGAUGGCAUCAUGCUAGUCAGUCACUCUGAUGAAACAAAAGAGCCAGUGAAACUGAAUCUCCUUACGUGCCAAGUUAAGCUUGUUGCUGAUGAUGUUGGCAAGAAGUGUUUUGAUCUAGUCUCAAGUUCAAAUAAUAGAACCUACCACUUCCAGGGGGAGGAUGUACCAGACAUGGAAGAGUGGAUUUCUGUGCUAAAUAAUGCCAAAGAAGAAGUCCUUUUAAAGGCCUUCCAAGACAACACAAACUCACCUGCAAUAAACCAGAAUAUGAAGGAACUCACUGUCAGUAUUAUUGACCGUAUCAAAAGGUUGCCAGGCAACCAGAUCUGCUGCGACUGCGGGGGCAAAGAUCCCGAGUGGUUAUCCACGAACUACGGGAUUUUGAUCUGUUUGGAGUGCUGUGGCAUUCAUCGGCAGCUAGGUGUUCACAUUUCUAGAACUCAGAGCAUAGUCAUCGAUGAGUUGGGAACCUCACAGCUAUUGUUGGCCCGAGUGGUUGGAAAUGAUUGUUUCAACGAAGUCUUCGAAGGUAAAAUAUUUGAUGGUGAUUCAGCUGAAGGAAAAGAGGAUGGAUACAGGAAGCUGAAACAUAGUAGUCCUAUGAAAGAGAGAGAAGCCUACAUUUUUGCCAAGUAUGAUAAAAAGAAGUUUAUCAUUAACACGAAUGGGAGUGAAGAGGAGAUCCGAUACGAUCUCAAGCAAGCAAUCCAGAGUCGGGACUUCCAGACACUCCUACAGAUCCACGCCGAGGGAACGGAUCUCAUGAGUGUCAUGCCAGACAUGGAGAACGGAGAAACAGGACUUCAUCUAGCCAUUUUGUUAGAGGAUGGUUACUCUCUUUAUAUUGUGGACUUCAUCAUCCAGAACUCUCUAAUAACGAAUCUUGGAAACAAAAGUCAGGAUGGCAACACUCCCUUGCAUCUUUGUGCGAUUGAGGAUAAGACCGAGUGUAUGAAACUUCUGCUGCGGACAUGUCCAGAACUAGCCAAGAUAGAGAACUCUGAAGGAAAAACCCCGCUGGCCAUCGCCAAGGAGAAAAAUAACCAGCUAUGUGCAGAACUGUUGAAUGCUGCACUAAGUGGAAGAAAGGAUCUAUUUGAGAAUGUAAACAUUGAUUGGGACCUGAUAGCUGAUGACCAUGAGCACGAUGUUGACUACAGUGAUGAUGAUUUAGAGUAUGUUGUAAUUGAUAAGAUUUGGGCCGCUUAUUGUCAAAUUAACGAUCAGAAUACACCUGAGAGAAAGCGGGGGUCACGACCUCAGAGCUUGGUAACUGGUAUUCCUGCAGAGUUAGCUGGUUCUCUCUCAGUUCCUAAGGACGGCAAUGAAUUGAGGGAACGAUCUGAUAGCAGCGUGUCUCUGCAGCCACCCAAGAAAAACGAGUUUUUGAAUAGACUGAGUCGUGUUGUACAAAGAAAAGCAUCGUACGGUGAAAUUUAUCAGAUAACUUCAACAGAAGGGGCCCCAAUACAAGUUACACAGAAAAAACCACCACCGUGGAUUGUAUCGAUCAAGAAAAAGCGACGUCGAAGACUCAUGCACCACUCCAGUCAAUCUGCAGCAAAUGGGGGAUCUACCUUAAAUCCAGUUUCAAGGGAUUCUGUUGCCCAACACGGACCCCCAGUACUAGGAGUUUCCCUCCCGGGGCUAGGACCUCCCCUUCCACCCAGAAAGAAACCUCCGCCCCCUCCUCCUGCUACCUCACCAGGCCAUACCAGAAACAAAUCAGAAGGCAGUGCUAUUGGAGUUGUGCAUCGAAGAAGUACCUCAGACCCGCCCCCGCGACCAGCCCCUCCAGACCUGCGGAACACCAUUCAUAUUCCAAGCUCGCGAAUGCCUUCUUUGCCUGGUGACACUAACAAUAACAGCAGGUCAAGUCGAACCAGAAUUGGAUCAUCUGGGUCAGGAUCAACAGAUGGCAGCCCCAAGGUACCUAACUCUCCUACCAAUGGAAGUGAGACGCCACCUUUGCCUGCUCCCAGACAAAAGAAAAGGCCUCCCAUUGGGCAGAAAUGUCAGGCAAUAUACGACUGCGACGCCGAUAACGAGGAUGAAUUGACAUUUAGAGAAGGGGAGAUAAUCAUUAUAACGGGGGAAGAAGAAGAUGAGUGGUGGGAAGGAGAAAUUGAAGGGGAGCCAGGCAGAAGAGGGGUAUUCCCAAAAACUUUUGUCUCCAUGAUCACAUGACAGUGACUGAGGUCGUAGUGUUUACCGUUUACGUACGUCUACCAAUCGAGGGUCUUCCCAAGCUGCUGACUUUUUACUGGCACCAUCAAGUUGCUCACAUUUGUUUAUGUCUCACAUUAUAUAAGUCCAUUUUGGUCUCUUAAUAAGUUUUUAUCAUAACAAUGUAAAUAUAUACAAUAGUAUAGUCUUAAAAUCAUAUUGAUUAUAGAAAGCAUUGUCUCCGAUUUAAAAAAAAGUCACCUGGACUUUGAAUAUAUUUCCUUUAUUAGUCAUAGUGGAGAUUACCUCCAAGAAUUGUGCUUGGAAUUCACAUUUGUGAAAUGUGGCUUUGAAUUUGUUUAAUAUCUCGGAAGCUAGCUUUUGAGCAUUUAAAAUAAUGUGUGCAGCAUUUCAAAAUUGUUCAGAAAAAUCUUGCAUAGGAAAAGUAGCAUGCAGAAAAAAGGUGCAAUUCAAACCCAUCAGAGAUCAUUAUGUUUUGUUUUUACGCCGUGUUCUUGAUGCUUAUACAUGUACCUAGCCACCCAUCACCAGUAAUAGUACCAAUUGUACAAAUUGAUAGACAUUGUAGCAGAAGGAACAGUGUAGAUUGUUUUGAAAGCAAAAAUAAAGAUUUGCAAACCUACAUGAACAAGAAACCUGUAGCCCAUGCAAACUUAAAUGUUGCUAUGUGCUCUGCAUUUGAACCAUGUUUUCUGAUUGUUACGAGAACAUUUACCGUUAAUAACUUGUUAUUGCUGGUCAGCUAAGUCUAUGUUACAUGUGAUAUCACUGGUCAACUAAGUCUAUGUCACAUGUGAUAUCACUGGUCAACUAAGUCUAUGUCACAUGUGAUAUCACUGGUCAACUAAGUCUAUGUUACAUGUGAUAUCACUGGUCAACUAAGUAUGUCACAUGUGAUAUCACUGGUCAGCUAAGUCUAUGUUACAUGUGAUAUCACUGGUCAGCUAUGUCUAUGUUAAAUGUGAUAUCACUGGUCAGUUAAGUCUAUGUUAAAUGUGAUAUCACUGGUCAGUUAAGUCUAUGUUACAUGUGAUAUCACUGGUCAGCUACAUCUUUGUUACAUGUGAUAUCACUGGUCAGCUAAAUCUUUGUUACAUGUGAUAUCACUGGUCAGCUACAUCUUUGUUACAUGUGAUAUUAUGUCUCAUUCCCAGUGCAUUUUAUUAUUCCAUAUAUUUAAGUAUUAGGGUGUGCUAAUUGUAUAUAUACAUGUAAAUAUAGAUUUGUAAAUAUUGAAUCUGUCAGGUUGCUGAUUAGUGAUCUGUGAGAAAAAUGGGACAUUCCAUUUUACAUGUAGGUUAUAAUCAUCAUUUCUGUUGUUCAUAUGAGAUUGGUUAUAUUGCAGAUGAGAUUCUUUAUUACCAUAAAUAUAUUGAAUGAAAAAAAAAAUGUUCAACACCCCCCCCCCCCCCCCAAAUGAUUAUGAAAAUAAAAAUGAAUGCAUGAGUUGAUAUAUAUAUUUUUUUGGCUUAGUUUGGUUGUAACAAGUACAAAUUUAAAACUCCUAAAGGGGGGGGGGGGGGGGGGGGGGGGGGCUUGUACAUUUUUUAAAAAUGAUUUUCAGAAGUUAAAAUAUCCUACUGUUCUGGACUCAAUUGAAAAAUCAUUGGAAUAAAUUAUGUUCCGUAAAUUGUAUUCAUUUUACUUAUAAAAACAUCAAUUUAAAUUUCAUUUUUUAAAAAAAAAAAAUGUUUGUAGCAAGAGUCGUUGGAUAUGAUGUGAGAUUUUUUUUUUCAAGAAUACUUCUACCAUUGGUUACUGAUUAUAUUAUAUGAAUUUCACCUCAUAUCUAACAGUUACAUUUAAGGACUUCCUCAUGUUAUAUCGUGUAUAAUUUUGUCAAGGAAAUAACAGAACUGCAAAAAUAAUGAAGUGUAAUAUUUCUGUAAUUUGCAAAUUAUCAGUUAUUCUCAGACAAUUUAGAAUGUUUACUUGUCAUUCCUAAGAAAUUGACAGUGAUCAAUUGAAAUAUUAUUAUCUUAAUGUUUAAUGUGUAUUUAUGGAAAUCAUGAAAUACCUGGUGACUGGCAGACCCGGUCCCACAAGACUUCUCACACAUUAUAAAACACAUCAUUUCUUUCUCGGUGUCAGUAUAACACAGGCAGGUUACGUGUAUUCUAUAUACCAAAGAAAAUGUGUGUUCAAUCUGCUCGUUAAAUUUCUCGUGUGAUUAGCAGCGCACCAUUACUUUUCGACACUUACCAAAUUUGAACUGGUAUAGAUUGCACCAUAUUGAAUGAUAUGUUUUAUUAUUUAAGUAUUGAUCUUUUUUUUGCACUGAAAUAGAUGCAUCUUUGUAAUGUUUACAGAAGGAAUUACUGUAAACAUUUAAUUUUUUUUUGUCUCAGACGGGUAAAAUUAAUGUGUGUUUAAAAAGUAAAAAGAAAAGUUUCAAACCAAAUAAUGUACAUGUAUUUAAAAUGCAUGGCAUGUAGUCUAUGGACUGCUCAUUUAUACACCAACUGUGAAAUUGUUGUACAUAUAAAUGUUCAUGAUAUUUAUGUCUUUGUAAAAUGAAAGUUUAUCUCAUAUUCUCCUGAUGAUGUCAUAUUAGCUUCAUAUUAAGUGGUAAAAGUAUAAGGCUUUAACACUAAGCUCCUUUGUUGAACUCUUCACACAAUAUUCAGCUUGUUUCUAACAAACUUGCGUGCAUGUAUAAGCUUGGCAGCAGUUUCAUAUUCAGUAAAAUAUGGUGGUUUUUUUUUUAAAUUGUGCAAUGCAUUAUUUUUUUUUAAACAUGAACUGGUAUGCAUAUUAAUGAACACUGUUCAGAAUGGACGAUCUACCUCUCUUGAUAUUCAAUAACUAAGAUAAUCUUAGUCCCAACAUCAAAAAUUCAGUUAGGAACCACUUGGAGAACAGCUGUUGAUGUGUACAAAGGUUAAUUACAGUGCAAGAGAUCUUAUUUACAAGAGUGUUGUUUGUACAUUUACAUUUGUAAAUAAUUUUUCUAAACCAUUUCAUUUUUGUGUGAACUUUUGAAAGGGUCAAGAGGUCAUUGAUGACCUAAAGCACAUAGCAUAUCGUUUGGAUCAUAAUUUUGAAUGAUCGUUUUUGUCAAUUAUGAAUUUGUGAAAUUCAGAGGAUUUGAUCAUGUGGCUAACCAAGCUCAUAUCCUAGUGAACUUUUUAACAGUGUUCUUUUCUUAAGUAAUGCACACACAUAUUAACAUGCACACACAGAAUAUAUAGGCUAAUGUAAACUAACACAUUUACAGGAAUUUCAGGUGUGGUUUCGUGAAUUUCUGAAAUGAUUUAUACUUUGUAUUUUCCUGCUUUUUCUUCUCAAGAAAAGUUUGUCAGAGCACAUUGUCAUCAUAUAUCAGUUACUAGUAUCUAACAUAAACGUAUUUGUAAACAGCAAAGAAAAAAGUUUGCAAGAGAGCUUCCAAAAAUGUAAUUUUGCAAUUAGUAUGCAUUUUGAACUACCUUUUAUUUCUUGUAUUGAUUUCUUUUAUAUUUGUGUCCACACCAAUAGUUGAUGGGUUAUUUAAUUAAUCUUCUAUGUACAUACACCAAAACAUAUUCCAGGAAGUGUUUUGCUUUUAAGGAAAGAAGGUGUCCAAGUUGAAAAUCCAUUAUAAUAAUUUGAUGACAUAAAAUGCAAUCCAUCUGUCUGCAUAUUUAAGACAUGGUAGAUUUUGUACGUCCAUGGACUAUUUGUUCUUGAGUACAUUAAGGUAACUUUUUUUCAUGCACAACUAAUGAUAAUAUACAGUAGGUGCAAAUAUGAAAAGAUACAUGUGAGUAGGUACACUGUAAUGGCCGUUUAUGAUGACUGAUGUCUUAAGACAAAUGAACUUGUCCUAACAAAUACAAUGUGCAGAAUCUCAAAACGAAAUUGUAUGUUGUGCAAUAAUUCAACUUUCUAAUAAAAAUGCUCAGGUGAACAUGUACAUGUUGUCCUACUCACCCAGAUGAAAAUGUUGAAGUUUUAGAGAGCAUUAGUUAGAUAUAGAUGUUUGGUACCAUCGUCUGGUUUUAUUAUUACAUCAUCAAUAGAUAUUGACGUGUAGCCUUUAAUACAUGUAAAUGCGUAUUCAAUUUACAAAAUCCAAUAAAAUAUUGCAACUUCA